GAAAAAAAAGAAACAAAACAAAAGGCAAGUGGAGAGAGAGAGAGAGAGGGGUAGCUAGUAGUAUUAACCUAGCUCAAAAAACUGCCCUCGUUUACGCUUGUAUUGAGCAGUGAGGUAUACAAGAUCUUGAAACAAAUCCUCUCUACUACCUGUUUACAACAUCUCUCUCUUUGUCGUAGGUUCUGUUGUUUGAAUACUUUAAACUUUGGGGUGUCUUCUCUCCUUUUCUUUAUAUUUUUUAAUUGUAUUUUAUCUUCUUCAAACACAAAUACAGAAAUAGAAAGAGAGAGUGGAGAGUUUGAACUUCCUGAUCUUUCUUUGAUGUGAGAGUGGAUGAUCAGAAUUCUGAUUGCUUAGUUUAUAUUCCCUCGAAUUGUUUUAUCUCUUAUCGAGAAAAAAUGUGGGAUCUCAAUGACUCACCUGAUGAUCGACCUAGAGAAGAUGAGUCUGAAGGUUGUUCUUCCCAGAAGACCUCUGUUGAUGGUGAUGAUGAGAAAGGCAAACGGGUAGGCUCCAUCUCCAAUUCUAGCUCUUCAGCUGUUCUCAUCGAUGACGGAUCCGAUGAAGAAGUUGCUGGCGAGAGGGGCUUAAGCUUACAGAGACGCAGCAGUAAAAUAUUUGGGCUCUCCUUGCCUCAUGGGAACUCUAAAGAGGUAAUUGACCCGCCUGUGACCCGCCAGUUUUUUCCUGUUGAUCAGGACCCUGAAAUGGGGAGCUCAUCCAGCGGGGUAGGACAUGAUUUCCCUCAGGCUCAGUGGACUGGCGUCAAAUUUUGGCAAUCGGAGCCUCUCGGGGCUGCCAAACUGGCUGAAGCUCCUCAAGCUCCGAUGAAGAAAAGCAGGCGUGGACCCAGGUCCAGGAGUUCACAGUAUAGAGGUGUUACGUUUUACAGAAGAACUGGAAGAUGGGAGUCUCAUAUAUGGGAUUCUGGAAAACAAGUUUAUUUAGGUGGAUUUGACACUGCACAUGCAGCUGCUCGUGCAUAUGAUAGAGCAGCAAUUAAGUUCCGGGGAGUGGAGGCCGACAUAAACUUUAGUAUAGAAGAUUAUGAGGAAGACUUGAAACAGAUGAGCAACUUGUCGAAGGAAGAAUUUGUGCAUGUACUUCGCCGACAAAGCACCGGUUUCCCUAGAGGAAGCUCCAAAUAUAGAGGAGUCACCUUGCACAAGUGUGGAAGAUGGGAAGCUCGAAUGGGUCAAUUUUUAGGCAAAAAAUACGUGUACUUGGGCUUGUUUGAUACCGAGAUUGAAGCUGCAAGGGCAUACGACAGAGCCGCAGUUAAGUGCAAUGGCAAGGACGCCGUCACCAACUUUGAUCCCAGCCUCUAUGAAACUGAGCACAACUCAGCUGGUUCUAAUGGUGACCACAAUCUGGAUUUGAGUUUAGGCAGUUCAACUUCAAAGCAAAGCAGUAUAGAUUUUGGUAAUAGGAAGCAAAAUAUUGGAGCCCCCUUGCCGUUUGAUACUGAUUGGCGUAAUAGGGGAUUAAGACUUAAGCCCAACCUGCAGCAGCAACCUUGUAGAAGAGAUGGAUACAUUGAGAAUGAAACCAUACAACUGCUAAGCCAAACCCACCUUCAUUCUCCAUCUGCCUCAUUCAAGCCCGAUGAAAUGCAAAGAUAUGAGCAGUUCAGAAGAACUGGAGAGGCUCAAAUUCUACAGAUGAUGCCUCCACAUUAUAAUUCUGCCAAUUAUCAGACUCAGUUUCCAAGCUGCAGUAAAAGAGGAAGAAUUGGGAACGAUCUUUCUCUAUCAACAAACGAUCAACAAUGGCAAUCCGGGCCUCCCCCAUUGUUCGCAACUGCUGCAGCAUCAUCAGGAUUCCCGCCGCAGAUAAGACCUUCCUCACAAACUUGGCUGCAGAAAAAUGGCUUUCCUUCUCUCAUGAGACCCUCCUAGGCGCAUCAAAAGUUGCCAUAUCUUUGAAGAUCGUAAUUUUUUAUUCUACUUUUCCCAAAGAAGACGAAAGAAAUCAGAAGAUAAAAGGAUGGUCAAUCGGUCAAACUAACAGACGGAUGCAAUCUUAUGCUAGAUAUUUGCUGAAUCAUUUCUGACUAAAACUGCUGAUCCUUUUUUCAUUAUGUCUAAGAAAUGGAAGAUACAUAUGGGUUUGCCGCCCUAUAUGGCAUUGAUUACUGGCAGCUAAGGCCUAAUGUUUCUGGUAAUUUCCUAGUUAGAUGGGUAGCGAGCAUAUCUUAGAUCACCUCAUUGUUUUUGUACGUAUUCUGAAAUUAGUACAUGAGAAAGCAUCUACUGGCUGGACUGUAUUUUUAGUUUCCCCAAUAAUGGAGUGAUGCCUGUGUUAUGUA